AGCUCCGCGCCGACGGGAUCCCGUCGUUGGAGGGCGACUGUGGCAGAUUUUUCGCUGAGGGGUGGUGUGCCGCCGGUGGCAUGUUACCGGCUAUGGAGACUGUGGAGGCAGAAGAGGAGUACGCGGAGGAUUGUCCUGAAUUGGUCCCCAUUGAGACCAACAACCAAGAAGCGGAAAAUCUUGACUUCAUCAUUAAGAUUCCAGUCACAAUUAUCACCGGGUAUUUAGGUGCUGGAAAGACAACACUUCUGAACUACAUUUUGACAGAACAACAUAAUAGAAAAAUAGCAGUUAUUUUAAAUGAAUUUGGAGAGGGGAGUGCAGUAGAGAAAUCCUUAUCCAUCAGUCAAGGUGGAGAACUCUAUGAAGAGUGGCUGGAACUUAGAAACGGUUGUCUCUGCUGUUCAGUGAAGGACAAUGGCCUUAGAGCUAUAGAGAAUCUGAUGCAGAAAAAGGGGAAAUUUGAUUACAUACUCUUAGAGACCACUGGACUAGCAGAUCCUGGUGCAGUUGCGUCUAUGUUUUGGGUUGAUGCUGAGUUAGGGAGUGAUAUUUAUCUUGAUGGUAUCAUAACUGUUGUAGAUUCAAAAUAUGGAUUGAAACAUUUAGCUGAAGAAAAACCUGAUGGCCUUGUCAAUGAAGCUACUAGGCAAGUUGCUUUGGCAGACAUGAUUCUUAUCAAUAAAACAGACUUGGUUUCAGAAGAGGAGCUCAACAAAUUAAGAACAACUAUCAGAUCAAUAAAUGGACUGGGAAAAGUUUUAGAAACUCAAAGAUCAAGAGUUCAUCUCUCAAAUAUAUUAGAUCUUCAUGCCUAUGAUAGUCUCUCUGGAAUAAGUUUACAGAAAAAGCUUCAGCAUGUGCCAACAGCACCCCACCUUGAUCAGAGUAUUGUUACAGUCACAUUUGAAGUACCAGGAAGUGCAAAGGAAGAGUGUCUAAAUGUAUUUAUCCAGAAUCUCCUGUGGGAAAAGAACGUACAAAACAAGGACGGCCACUGCAUGGAGGUCAUACGACUGAAGGGGCUGGUAUCCAUCAAAGACAAACCACAGCAAGUGAUUGUGCAAGGCAUCCAUGAGCUGUAUGACCUGGAAGAGAGCCUAGUAGGCUGGAAGGACGAUGCUGAGAGAAGAAGUCAGCUGGUCUUUAUUGGCAAGAAUUUAGAUAAGGAAGUUCUUAAAGAACUCUUCCUCACUGCUGUGGCAGAAACAGAAGAACAGAGGACAGCACCUGACAAAGAUCAAGUUUGUCCAUCACACUAGAAGCCAUUUCUUACCAAAAAGAACUGAUAAUACUGGAUGUAUUUCAAUCCUGAAUUUUUUCAUUACCUCUGUUAGGAGUUAGGAGUGUACUUUAUGAUAGUAUUUAUUUUAUAAAAUAUAUGAGGUUUUAGUAAAUCAUUAUAAAACAUUUGAUAUUCAUAUAAUAAAAUAUAUCCUCUUAAGGGUUAUUUUGAGACAAUAUUUCACAACAAUUCCAGAAUUUUCUUUCAAGUUUAAGCAUGAAUACUGACAACUUAUGCUUCAUUAUAUUUGUAAAAAUGUGCCAAACUUUAACAUUUUCAUUUUCCUUUUAAACUUCAGAUAAUUACAGAGAUACAAUGAUUGUAUUGAUAGUAACAAAAAUAUUAAAACAAAUGCUGUCAUUGUAUUUUUAAAAAUAUUUAAUCUUUUUUGUUUGUUUUGUUUUGUUUGUUUUUUGAGACAGGGUUUCUCUGUAGCUUUGGACCCUGUCCUGGAACUUGCUCUGUAGACCAAGUUAGCCUCGAACUCACAAAGAUCUGCCUGUCUCUUCCUCCUGAGUGCUGAGAUAAAAGGUGUCUACCACCACGACCUGGCUUACCCUUUAUUUUUAUGUUAUGUAUAUGGGUGUUUUGCCUGCAUGUAUAUCUGUGCACCAUGUGCAUCUAUUGUCUGAGGAGUCCGGAAGAGGGUACUGGAUCCUCUGGGACUGGAAGGUCAUUUGGAAGAGCAGCCAGCAUUAACCACUGAGCCAUUUCUUCAGCCCUGUUGCUAUGUUUUUAAUGGACUGAGUCUCUAGUGUUCCUAAAGACUUAAAGAGGAGGAAACCUGAGUCAAAGAAAUUAAACUGUCUCUUAGAAUCAGUGCCAAACCGUACUGAUAGUGUAAUGAUACUUUGGCUCUUUGUUCUCUGUAUUAUGCUUAGAAGAUUAUAAUUGUGGAAUGUUAAACUGUAGUUUUAUUGCUGGCAUUAAAUUCAUCUUGCCUAUUUUGAA